UCUUUUCUCUAGACUUACUGAAAACAUUUUCAGGAAAACUUCAAAGCAGAUGGGGAUUGAAAUGAUUUGUACCAUAUUCUGUUCCCCUGCUUUUAUUCUCUAGAUCUCUAUAUUUUGAAAGCUUUUUAUUCCACAUAGUUUGGGGGUUAUGAGCAUUCAGUGUGGUGAGUUCUAAAAAUACUACUCUUAAAGUUUUAUGGAUUAUUGUUAUGUGCAGUUGAUUGUGAACAAUAGUUCUGUCUGUGAUAAGACUCUGAGUCCAGUCAAUGUAUGUGUUGAAUUCUCAAGGAUGAUUUGAGGUGUGUAUUUGUAGUGGAGGCAUUUGUCUUCUGUUGGUUUGUGGAAAACAGCAACCUUUUGGUGUAGAAUUCUAACCCUCAUGUUUGGCCUUUCUAGGUACCUGGCAGGCACGACAUUUUUGCCGGUAGUAGUGAUGUUCACCAUUUUCUUGAAUAAUCUGCAUUGAUUCCCAAGUCUGAGCUUUUAAAGAAUAGCCCUUCUGUAAUGUAUUAUUAUUGUUAGCCAAUAUUUACAUUGUACUUUAAAGUUGAUAAAACAACAGAUACCAUCUAGAGCUUGCAAAAAUAUGGCACCCAGAAUUGAACACAAAAUUCCAGGUGUUGGGUGGGGGAGAAAACAGCAGGACCACAACUUCCCCCAUUUCCAACACUAAACUUUUAUUAAUGCAGCCUGAGAUCAGGUUCACUGUUUUAGAUACUGGUCACAGAAUUGACUUAUAUGUAUAUAUGUAUUUAAGCCCUUGCUUUCUGUCUUAGAAGCUAUCCAUUCCAAGGCAGAAGAGUGGUAAGGGCUAGGCAACUGGGGUUAACUGACUUGCCUAGAAUCACCCAUCUAGGGAGUGUCUGAGGUCAUAUUUGAACCCAGGUUCUUCUGAAUUCAGAACUGCUGCUCUAGCUAGUGUGCUACCUAGCUGGCCCUUUGACUUACAUUUAGCUUGGAGUUCACUAUUAUGCCCAAUUCUAUUGCCUGAUAAGGCAGAGUGCCAGUGUUAGUUAGGUGGUGGCACAUUCCACAUUUUUUUCCUUGGGUAGGGCCUGGGUUUUUGUUUUUGUUACACACGUAGUUUAAAUUUUCUAGCUUCUGGGCUCAACCUCAUUUGCUAAGUGAUACACUCUCUCAAAUUGGGGUAACUCCAGGCUGAGAUUGCUCCAACCCUGAACCUGUUCUUCUAAAGCUAAUAGUCCAAAUCAGGCCUGCCUUCAGUGACUAAUCCUGGCCAGCUAGAGUUUGGUCAUAGGUUUUGAAGGGAAAUGAUCUCAUUGGGGGCAAGUGUUUCUAAGGUCAAUGAAGGAAUGAAUGAAUGGAUGGAUGGAUGAAUGAAUGAAUUUAUUAAGUGCUCACCGAAGGCCAUGGGCUAAUAAGUAAGUAUUGGCUGCACAAGGGUUGUCACUGUGGAGUAAUUUGAACUAUACAUUCUUUUGCAUAUUUUGCCAAAUAUUAGUCACAGUUCUUUUAUUUUAAAAAAAUGUAGCAAAAAAAAGAAGAAAGCAAAAUGAAGAUUUUGUGGGGUUUUUCUUCUGCUUAGGUGAACUCUUUAAGGUCAUAGGAUUUAGUAUUGGAAGAGACCCUUCACACACCUUCAACCUAUUUUUGCAGGUAAUAGAAUUGAAACUCACAGGGAAAGGGACAUACCCAAGGUCAUGCCAGAAUCAGGAUUUGAACCUACAUUUCUGGUUCCAAAUUCAGUGCUCUUUUUUUCUGCACCGUGCUCUCCCUCAGUGGAAUGACUUCUAUUUUGAUUGUCCUGCACAAAUCAUCUGACUAGGGUAGAACUCUAAAUUUGGCAUGACAGCAGCCACUCAAGGCUAAAUGUUGGGAUCAGUCCAGAGAUGGGAGGUCAUGGGUUCAAAUCUGACCAUAGAUACUUCCUAGUUGUGUGGCCCUGGACAACAUUUAACUCCCAUUGCCUCACCCAUUGGAAUUGAUAUACUGUAUUGAUUCUAAGACAGAGAGUAAGGGUUCAAAAAAAAUAAGGAUUGACUGUCGAGCAAACUGGUCACAUCCCAAAUGUUCUUCCAGUCACCAGGGGUCUUGAAAGGUUGGCUAAAUUACACUUUCUCCAAUUCCUCCUCUGAGGAUGUAAUCUUUUUUCAUUUCAGCCAUGCUAUUACAGAGAGGGGAAGACUUCCGAAUUAGGAGAACCAUCAAAGAUCCAAGGACUUCUUUCAAAGCCUAAAUCAAGUUCUUUCUCUUUUGUGAAGCCUUUCUUGACUAUCACCAGUCAACAGCAAUCUUUCUCUCCCCUGGUUUGCUAUAUAGCACUUGCCUUUAGCUCUCCACUGAUGGGUCUCUUUUACUACACUGUGUUGGCAGUGGGAAGUCUUAUUGUCCCAACUAGGUCAUAAUCUUUUUGACUAUUAGGUAACACAGGGGGUUGAGCCCUGAACCUGCAGUCAGGAAGACCUGAGUUCAAAUAUUACCUCAGACACUAGCUGUAUGACCUUGGGCAAGUCAAUUAAACUAUGCCUGACUUGAUUUUCUCACAUGCAAAAUGGGGGUAAUGAUAAUGCCUAUCUUCUAAAAUCGUUAUGAGGACCAAAUGAGAUAAAAAGCACCUAUAGACCUUGAAGUGUUAUAAGCAUGGAUAGCUGACAGGAAGUCCGGAGUGGCUCACUGGCAUGGUUUACAUUUUUCUUGAGAGUAAGUAAGCAUGGAGUUUUAAUUGCUGAAGGGAGAGGGGGAAGAAGAGAAAUCAACUUUGGGACCUGCUCUUCUCAAGUGGUUGCUCGUGGGAAACAGAGGACACUCACCUGUCAGACUCAGGCAGCAGUUAUCUGGCUGAUCAGUGCUGGAAUGGCGGCUUUAUCUACUUAAUCAUGCUACGUCGCAUUAAGCGCAAGGCUCCUCUCCCUCCUUCCAAUGGCAACAACAGCAACAGCUGUGAACCUAAAGCAAGCCCUACCUCAGAGCCCAGCAGCCGUCUGGUACAGAAUGGGAAAAGAACGAGAAAAUUUGGUGUGAUCUCCAGGUCAUCCGUCAACAAAGACAGUGUGGAGAACAGGAACAGUCAGGACUCUGAGCUAGAGAAUGGACAUUAUACCCUCAUGGAGAUGGGUGGCUCACGUCUUGAGGCUUUGGAAGUGGAUGAUGACAGGACAGAGGAACAGUUACCAAAUUCAGAGGCUCCUCUGGUCACAGGCCAUUAUCGACCUCGCUUGUCUGAGGGGAAGUCUGAUUUCAAGCCAAGUGAUCAUCUGGCACAGCGGGAAGGCUGCCGGAUAUGGAAGAUGCACAUGGUGAAAGGGUCAGAUGGCCUGGGCAUCCAGAUUACCGGAGGCCGAGGAUCGAAGCGAUCACCACAUGGUAUCAUUGUUGCACAUGUAGAAGAAGGAGGUGCUGCACACAGGGAUGGCAGGCUGACCUCAGGAGAUGAGCUGCUAAUGAUCAAUGGUCAGUCACUUGUUGGCCUCUCUCAUCAGGAAGCUGUGGCCAUUCUCCGUGCUGCAGCUGGACUGGUUCAGCUGGUGGUGGCCAGCAGGGAAAACUCUGAAGUGGACUUCCUCAAAUAUCCAUCCACAAGUUUACCGGACUUGCUUAGUACUUAUUCAGGCCCGGAUGUUUCCUCUUAUACUGAUAAUAAGGAGAACGAAGAGCCAGAUGGUGAAGAGGAAAAGGGAGCCAGCCAAUCACCAACCCAUGGAGCAAUGAGUGAGGCUCAAGAUAACAGCUGUCCUGAAGGAUCCCGGGAGAGCUGCAGAAGCCCCAACCUGGGGAGCAGCCUGAUGAAGUUCCGAAGUCGCUCCCAAGGAGGUGCUCCUCGUCUAGAAUCUGUUGGAGAAGAUGAUGAGCUGACAGUAGAAAAUGGUGAUCCCAGCAGGGAGAUGUUGGAAAAGUUAUCUCGGAGUGCCCGGAAACAUUCCCUUCCACAGCAGCUGGAUUCUGCUGGGGCAAGACAGGAAUAUCAUGUUGUGAAGAAGUCAACUCGGUCCUUAAGCACUGCUCAGGUGGAAUCCCCUUGGAGACUAGCUCAGCCCUCCAUUAUCUCCAACAUUGUGCUGAUGAAAGGUCAAGGCAAGGGUCUUGGCUUCAGUAUUGUGGGAGGUCAAGAUUCAGCCAGGGGCCGGAUGGGCAUUUUUGUCAAGACAAUUUUCCCAAAUGGAGCUGCUGCUGCUGAUGGAAGACUCAAAGAAGGGGAUGAAAUCCUUGAAGUGAAUGGAGAAUCCCUACAGGGACUGACCCACCAAGAAGCCAUUCAUACCUUUAAGCAACUCAAGAAAGGUGUUGUGACCCUUACAGUACGCACAAGAUUAAGAAGUCCCAGCCUCACUCCAUGUCCAACACCCACACUAAUGAGCCGAUCCAGUUCCCCAAACUCUAAUACCAGUGGAGGAACUCCUGCACCUGGCUCAGAUGAAGGAGACUCUUCUUCCCUUGGUCGUAAAGGCCCAGGACCCAAAGAUAGGAUUGUCAUGGAAGUCACACUCAACAAAGAGCCAGGAGUGGGAUUAGGCAUUGGUGCCUGCUGUCUCACUUUGGAAAAUAGUUCUCCGGGCAUCUAUAUUCAUAGCCUUGCCCCAGGAUCAGUAGCCAAGAUGGACAGUAGAUUAAGCCGUGGUGACCAAAUAUUAGAAGCAGAUUCUGUCAGUCUCCGCCACGCUGCAUUAAGUGAAGCCUAUGCCAUUCUGAGUGAGUGUGGCCCAGGACCAGUUAGCCUCAUCAUUAGUCGGCACCCAAACCCGAAGGUUUCUGAACAAGAGAUGGAUGAAGCAAUAUCUCGCUCCACUCACCGGGAAAGCAAAGAGACUAGUUCCUCCCAAGCUUUAGGUACUCCCUUGAAGAGUCCCUCACUUACAUCGAAGGCAAGACAGGGAGAAGGCGCUGCCUCACUCAGCUGGACCAUGAAACGCUUCCUGGAGCCAGCAAGUCGGGGCUCCCUCAGUUCUGAAUCAGAACUCUCACAAUAUUUUUCACAAGAUGUCCUGAGCCCCUUGUCCUAUGCAGACUCUGUGGUCGCCAGCUCUGGAGAUGAAGAACAUAUGCAUCAGAGGAGGGGGAGCAACUCUCUCGAUGAUGGGGCACUUCCUCCCAGCAGCAUAGCUCCCAAAGAAUCAGGAAAAUCUAGGGCCAACAGUUUUGUAGCAUCUGGAAGCAAGAAAGCUUCAGGACCUUUCCAUAAGCAUUUGGAAGCUACCAGGCAAACCAGCCUUCCAGGAAGCCCACAGUCUGCCCGAAGCCCACUCCUCAGACAGAGAAGAAUUGGCUGCUUUGAUGCUGAUGAUGCCAGUGAUGAGGAAGAGUUUGUGAGAGACGGGGACAACGUUCUGUUUUCCAGGACCCUCCCAGGCUCUACUCUACCACAGGCUGAGGAGGAUUCCAGGGUCAUCAAUGCAAAUUCUUCUAUGGUAACUGAUGUCAAUAGCCUGGAAGUACACCACCUUGGGAAUACUGACGCUACUUUGGAAACUUCUCCUUUGGGCAGCUCAGUAGGGGAGGUGGAGGACAAGGCUUCUGAGCAAAGCAUAGACUCACCUUUCCUUCCAGGAAUGCUUUUUGACUAUCCAGCCUCAGAGGCUAGCCCAGGAACCUUGGGCCUGAAGGAACAAGCUGAAUCCAAGAAGUCACCAAAAUUAGAACACAAAGCUAUUACCAGAGUCAAAAGCCUGAUGAGCAUUGAGUGCCCUGGUUCUCCCAAACAGAAGAAUGAGGAUCCUGGUUCUGGUCAAAAGCCAGUGGCCCGGAUAAGCCCACAAAGCAAAAGAGCUGUGACAGAGGACAACUCUAGGCCCAUCAUCUUGGAAACCAUUAAUUUAAUUCGUUUGGAAGAUGAAUCCUUUGGACUGGACUUGGAAAUCCAGGCUACUCCUUUAAAAGUGGUGAUAAGAGGUUUAAGAUCUGGUGGAGCUGCCGAGAGGGAGGCGACAGGAAAACUGAGUGUUGGCGAUGAGAUUGUCUCUAUCAAUGGUGCUCCAGUCAACUCCUUGUCUUAUCAGGAAACUUGCCAUGUUAUGAAGAACUUGCCCAUGGCCCUGACCUUUGUGGUGCAGCGAUCAACACCUGCUGUGGAUAGCUCACAGGACCCUCUUGAGUCCUCAAAGGAUAAGGAGCUGAUUAAUACUAAAUCCAGUGGGACUUCGGCCACUGAAGGAGAAACCCACACAAGAGGAGCGCCAGCCUCGGAACCACAGGGAGCUGUACAGUCUGGUCCUGUACUGCCAUCUACUGUCAGUACCAAAGAAGUGCAACUAGGUGGUGACUGCGAGACGCCAGUGACUGACAUUGAUAGUAUCAUCAGCGAGUUGGAUGCUUGCGGAGGGGGAUCUGAGUGUCCUCCAAAAGCAGGUGCCCUGUGUGGUGAGGGAGGUUCCCAGAGACACUCUCUGGCAAGAGGCAGGAGCUCCUACCAGGGGGAGCAGAGCACAGUCAAGCCAGAUUCACCUCAAAGGAGGAACUGUGGGCUUCUCCCUCCUCAACCUCAGUGGACCUCUCAGUUUUCAGUUUUGGAUUCAAUCAAUCCAGGCAAACAUUUUACUGUGAAUAAAAACUGUUUGAGUAGCUAUUCUAGGAAUUUUAGUAGCUUACACGAAGACAGCUCGUCCUCUCUUGACCACAGGGAAGCUGAUACCUCUGAGCCAUCACCAAAGUCCAUGUAUGGAGCUGCUGAGGAUUCACAUUCAGACUCAGAGUCUCUUACAGAAGCCUCACCCACGUCCAUGAGGGAUAGCAUUCCAUCCCACCCACCAUCUUGCCCUUCUCAGACACACAAUGUCACAGAGUCAGAUGAGGAGCAAAUUGAAAUUUGCUGCAUGAAUACUCACCAAAAGUCACCCUCUCAAGGGGAGCAGCAGCCCCGGCCUGCUGGGAAUCCACUUUCCUGGGCUCCACCUUGCCCAGAAGUAGCCAAAGUUUCACCAUUAGAAAGUACUGGUAUGGGAGGUUUACAGACAACCCCGGGUGUAACACCUACUGUUAGCUCCGAAGCAUCUAUAAUUCCCAACUCUUGCCAGCAAGGACAUACAGGCAGAACAGUUCUUUCGGACUCUCUUCCUUCCUCCCAUUUGGAUAAAACUUCUUGGGUGAGCUCGGCACACUCAGAUGGAAAUUUUCCGCAGGGCUGCAGAACCUUACAUAAAGAGGGGAACGUGCAAGAAGCCAGCAGUGGCAAAACUCUGGAAACCUGUGUGUCUUCCAGAGCCAGUGACCUCGUGCACAAGCCUCCAGUUCCUUUUGCCAGCCCCAGAAUGGUCAAUAGCCCAGGACCUAGCCUGUUAAACAAUGAAUCUCAAGGCAAAAAACAAGAAGCAACUCUUAAGGUAACUGAUAGUCACCGACACCCUCAAUUCUCUUUAAAUCCAGGCUUACAUGAAGAAUCUGAUUUGACCAGCCUUUACAUCUCUGAAAAUCAGGACUUGGGCCAAGGACCAGAAAAUAUGUCCAGAAGUUCUCUUCUGGCCCAGUGCAAAGAUCCAAGUAGAAUUAACCAUAAUAUACAAAGCAGGAAUGAAAAGGAGCAGGGUAUAGCCACAUCAAAGAGUUCCAACACUAAAAUUCACUCUCCCAGCAUGAACCAUGCUAAGGGGGUUACGACUCUGCCCAGUCCUUCAACUCCACCAAAACUGAAUUUGGAAAUGAAGGGGCCAACACCCAAAAGUUUUAUGGAAACGCUUCUCAGUAAUAGUCACAAACCUAGGGCAGGGCCAAAGCUCAAGGGCCUUAGCAUCAAAAGCAAGAACAAAACUAGCAUGGAGGCCUCCAGUGGUGUUCAAGCGGCCAAGGUUGGUGGGACUGAGCAGAGAAGAACCUUUAUUUCACCCCAAACCUCUCCCAAAACUCUUUCCAAAAAAGUGUUGGGUUCUCGCAGCAUUGCUAUCCAUGGAGAACCAGAGAGAAGUUGUCCUACGGCUCCCAAAUCUCCUAAAUGUGGACAGGACAAUAAAUUAGCUUCGGCUGGGUCUAGACCAAUAAGUUCCCCAGUGUCAGAUGGCAGCACCACCAUAACUGGGAAUACAAGUGAAAAUAGACUCCUUGGGCGAAACGGGCUUGGCCUUUCCAACCCUAAAGAUGCAACAACUGUUUCAGCUCUCCCCAGUGGACUUGGUGAAAAGGGGAGCAAAGCAGCUACUGGUGAUUCUCAAGACAGGAUGAAUCAGGUGAAAAUAAUUGCCAUCUCUCCUGAAAGAAGCCCAAAAAGCUCCAGUGCUGACACGUUAGUUGAAAAUGACCGAGGCGGGCUUUCUGCCCAAGAGAAUAGCCACAAAAAAGGUGAAGGCAAACCCUGCCAUAGGAGAGUGGAGUUGUCUCCAAGUCUCCCACCUUCUCUAGCUUCUCACUCCAUUCAGGAAGAUCCCCCAGAAGGACAAGAAAUCCAAAGAAGUUUCAUUGAGGUAAGACUCUCUUCCUCUUCCUCCUUCUUCUUGCCUGUGUGCCCUUCCCCACCUCUACCUGCAGAGAAAAGAGGUUGUGACCAGAAGAGAAUGAGUCAGAUGUCUGAACUUCCAGGAAACUCCAGAAAUGUCAUCAAUUUGGAUGAUGCUCCCUAUUGUGCCCCAAGGCCAGUGACAAGGACUUAUUCCAUGCCAGCCCAACUUGCAAGCCAUUUUGGAGGGGAAAGUCACUCUGUACAAGCUGCAGGAUGCUCUGUCCAAGACAGCCAGAAUUCUGUGGCAGGGGAGAAGUGUGUCUAUGUUCCAGAGACGAGACUGUUGAGAAGCGGUCCCCUUGGUCUAGUUAAUGGACAGGGAAUACAAAGAGAAAAACAACUGUCAGAGACUUCCCAGAGCAUCCCCAAAACAGACCAGGGAGGUGCUCUUGUCCCCGGUACCCAGGACACAAGCUGCCCUGUCACAGACAGAAUAAAAUCCACCAGGAGACAUUACUACUAUGAGCUAAACUGGCCCCAUGAACCUACCUCAUCUUUUUCUGUGAAACAGAGGAUCAAAUCUUUUGAGAAUCUUGCCAGUUUUGACAGGCCUGUUGUGAAGUCCAUUGAUUUCCCUUCAGCCGUCUCCAUGAACUCCAAACCUCCUAUUGGGAGGAGGUCAUUAGGCAUAGUAUCUUCAGGGACCCCCAACAACUCAAGUGACACCAUGAGGUCCUUACGACGAAGCUUGAGUUCAUGUGGUGAAAACCAAAAUGAAAGCAUUUCAUUGACCCCCCAGCUAAACAAAUCACCAUCUAGUAUGACUCUCCAUGUUUCUCCACCAAAUCUAGUAGAAAACAAAGGAGACUGCCUUAAUUCAGGCCAAAAGAAGUUACUUGACCCUCCAGCAAAUUAUAAUCCACCAGCAAGCACAGCUUCGCACUUCAGAAGGAACAGAACAGCAGGCAGCCAAGCUCGACCAUGUUCUUUAUCCCGUUCUAAACUUAGAGAGCUCAGGGCUUUGAGCAUGCCUGACCUGGACAAGCUAUGUGAUGAGGACUAUUCAGUGGAACCUGUAGCUGCCCACUUUAAAACUGAGCUAGAAAUCACUCCCAGGAGAUCCCUUGGCCUUCCAACAGAAAGCCUCUCACACCUCAAUGAAUCAUCUUCCCUCUCACAUUUGGCAAAAGAUCAUAGUGGGGAAAGGUUGUGCUCUAGGGGAAAUAGUCCUUGGACUAGUGGUUCUGGGACUCCUGCUUCAGCCUCUGAUGAAGAUAUAACAAUCCAGGACAAUUCAGUGCAUAAGAGAUGCUUUGGAAGAAGUUGGUCCAUAGGUUUGGAUCAACUUUCAGUCUCAUCCCUGGACCAGCAAAAAUUGCAGUCUGUGUUAUCAUCAAUUGGGUCAAAGUCUGAUAUUUCAACUCUGAUUCAAGAAGCCAAAGCACAAGCAGAGAAUAAAGAAGAUAUUUCCUUUGUUGUCUUGAAUAAAGAAAGUGGCUCAGGUCUGGGAUUCAGCGUGGCAGGUGGAGUAGAUCUGGAACAGAAAUCAAUUACUGUCCACAGAGUGUUUUCUCAGGGAGUUGCUUCUCAGGAAGGGAGCAUCCACAGAGGAGAUCUCCUUUUAUCAAUUAAUGGCACCUCAUUGACUGGUUCCAUCCAUGGAGAUGUUUUGAAUGCUCUUCACCAAGCAAAGAUGCACAAAGAUGCUGUUGUUGUCGUCAAGAAAGGGAAAGACCAGGACAGGGGCUCUACAAGACAAGAACCCACACCUGCAAGUGGAAAGGUGUCAAUAUCCCAAAAGGAUGUUAUCUUGGAACUUGGAAUAGCAGGCAGACAGACAGAUCUGAAUGGUGCAGUAUGGGUUGAGUUAUUGAAGACUUCCGCUGGUCUAGGCUUCAGUCUUGAUGGAGGAAAAGCAUCUGUGGCUGGAGACCGACCAUUGUUAAUAAAGCGAGUGUUUAAAGGUGGUGCUGCAGAACAAGCCGGGACAAUUGAAGCUGGAGAUGAAAUUCUUGCCAUUAGUGGAAAGUCACUUACAGGGCUCAUGCACUAUGAUGCCUGGAACAUUAUUAAGUCUGUCCCAGAGGGGCCUGUGCAAUUACUAAUUAGAAAGCACCGAACAGCAGUAUGAAUCCCGUGGCGGCUUAUUACAUUAGCCACAAAGGACUCUCCAAUCCCUCCCCCCCCCCCACUUCAUUUUGUUUCAAAGUGAUUUGUGCUUGUAGUAUGGAGUCCUUGAGCCACUGAGAGCCACAUUGGUGUGGGCCAGUGAAGCGUGUACAGACCGUCCAUUGAGGAGAAUUCCUAAGACCCUGCUAGAAUUUGGAAGGGUAUAAAAACCCUGAUGUUUUGGGGUACAAAGAGACAGUGAACCUGAAUAUUGGGAGUAUUUUUGGCUUUUAGUCUGUGACCAUCCUUAGCCUGACAACAGAGUUUUCAGGUUAGGGAUAUAAAAUCUUGGUUGCUGUCUUGUCAGGAUAAGGUUUUAGACUGUGUCCAUGUCAAUUAAUCAUUUCCUGACAGCAUAAAUAGAAUUAGUCUUCAAUUCUGACAGAUCAAUAGAAGGAACUCAAACAUACAUCUUUAGAGUCAAAAUGAAAAGACCACCAUUUUGUGGGUAAAUUAACAGGAUGCUUUGGGUGCAUGAAAAGCUGCCAUAGUUGUAAAUAUUACCUGAAGGAAAAGGUUAAAAAUUAUGAUCUAACCAUGUGGUGAGCUCAGGUAUUGUCUAAAACAGAAAAAAGCAAAAAUGAGAAAACUCUACCCAAGAGGGCAGUGGAGUGUAUUUUUUUCUGUGUAUAUUUUUCCUGUUUACAAAGCAAUUAAAUAAUGUUUCUUCUUAAAACCCCAAAUUUCUGAACACAGGCCAGCUGUUCAGCAUUCAUCAACUUUGCAGAACAUACAUUCUGAUUGAAUAUGAACUUGAAAAUCGGGAUAUGGGUUGGGUUCCACUUGAAUGAAUUGAGUUUGGUCAUUAAAAUAACAACUAAUAGAAAGAUGUCAAUGUCAUUAAGCUUUAGACCUUUAUUUCAAAUGGUUUUAAUUUUUAUUUUUAUUAAUCAAAUAUGCUUUAAUUGGCCAGUAGAUUUAUAGAUAUGUCAUUGGAGCACAUCUGGACCCUAAAAUAUUUUGAGGAAGUUUUCUUUUUGGUGUUUUAGGAAAUUAAUACUUCCAAGUCCUGGAACCCCUCUCAUGCUGUGCAAUGCUUGUUACCCUUUGUAUGAUAAUGCUUUUUCAAAUAUAUUCUGUUUGUCAAAAGCAUUUUCUUGCUGAAAACUGUUGUGACCCUAUUGCUGUUUUGGAAGUCCCCUCCUUGUGGCUCAUCCUUUUAAAGAUAUGACAGUCCACAGGAACUCCUUUCUCCUUUUUGUGCCAUUUCUUGCAUCAAAACUGAUUCAGGAGGAUUCUUUGCUAAGAAAUAUUUCUUGAUAACUCAGAAUCCUUAUCUGCUUCAGUAAAAAGAUAAUGAGAAAUGCAGAUGAUGUCAAUUAUUCUUUUCAGUGGUUAAACUAGAAAUGAGUGUGAUGCAUGUAUAUUUUCUGGGAGACUAUUGUUCUCAGAUAAAAUAGGCUUUGAAGAUUGAUUCACUCUCUUAUUGAAUAAAGUGAAGGCUUAAUUCUGUGAACUUAGAGAAAGGAAAUUAGAGACUUGUAUUCCAUAGAAUCAUGUUGAAUCUCCACUCUACCUGUUUGAUAUGCUGAUUUUCCAGGCAUUCCAUGCCAACCAAGCAUCUAUGAUUAUUGGCCUCUUUCAAAUGAGGGAGGAAUUUCAAUGUCUUUCCAAGCCCUGACUCCUCAUCCAAGGAGAGAGGAUGGCUGCUGGAGUGAUGGUGUGAUCAGAAGUUCAGUGGAAUUAAGUGAUUAUUUCAUUAUCAUGAAGUGUGCAAGGAAUCAGAGUAGAAACUUCUUCCUUAUAUUCAUUGGGGUCAGUGUGAAGCAAUACCCUUCAAGUGACCACUGAAAUAAGCAGAGACAUCCCUUGCCUCCUGUCACACUCAUUGGCUGGAUGAAAUGGAGAGGGGUUUGCAGUAUUGAAAUGUAAGGUAUUUUUAAAAAAUAUUUUAUUUGGUAGUGAUGGUGGUAGUUGUCUUUUUGGGCUUACACAACAGCUGGAAAUGAUAGAACGCUGAUCUUAUUUGAGUCUCACAACUCCUUACUCAUGGUAGCUAGAAGUUUAGAGCCUUUUUAUUAGGUAAAUUUUUGUCAGUCAGCAUUGGCAUUAAAGGUAUGACUGGUUUAGAAUCUGAAAUAGAAACCCUUUGUCUUAUGUAUUCAAGACUCUGGCAUGAUGUGUGUUUCAGAUGAACCCUCCUGGUCCAACCCUUCUUUAAAUGAACACAAAUGAACUAAAACUUUUGUUUUUUAUUUGUGCUUUUUCACAAGUUGGUCAUUCACAGAGAGCCUAUAGCAGAUGAUCUGUAAUUAGGGCAUGUAUAUGUAAUUGCGAAAAUAUUAUUCAAAGAGUUGAAGUAGAUUUGGAUGGGUAGGUGCAAAUGGAACCCAAUCAAUUUCAAUUUUAAGUGUUUGGCUAAAUUUAUAUCAUAUCUGUUGUAUGAUGUUGUACAUUGAUACUUUAUUUAUAUAAAAUAAAAUGCCUUGUACAUUAUUAAAAUGUGAGUGCAAUAAUAGUAAAUAGACUGUACAUUUUUUUAAAGACUUGCUUUUUUCUCUAGGUUAUGUAAAUCUGCGUCUCUGUAAACAUGGGUUUUUAAAGUAAUUUUCAAAAAAUAAACACUAUUUAGACUUGC